UUUUUAGACUUUGUCCCCUCUUCGCCCCUUGUUUCUUUCCCAUUUCGUUGCAGAUCAAUCGUUCUCCUCCUCCUCUUCUUCUUCGUCUUUGUUUUUAAUUUCUUUCAAUAAAUAAAACUCAUUUUCUCCUUGAUAUUAUAUAUUCAAACGCCAUUUUAACUCUUUUCCCCCCUUUUUUUACUGUUAAUUCCCUUGGAUGCUCGCAUGGCCGGUCCCGAUUUCGGCACAGCUUCUCGCUACGUUCCACACCAUCUUCAAAGACCGGAUAUUCAUCACAAUCACCAACUCGAACACGAAGACCACGAUGUUUCAAACAACCGCGGUGGCGGUGCUGACGGUGGUUCAGGCCAAGCCCAGGACUUUGUCAACGGUGCUCACUCGGAUGACCUUGUUCUAGCCCGUAGGCCGAGGGGUCGUCCACCGGGUUCCAAGAACAAGCCGAAGCCGCCGGUUAUCGUCACUCGGGAGAGUGCAAACACGCUCCGAGCUCACAUUCUGGAAGUUUCGAGUGGAUGCGAUAUUUUGGACUGCGUUGCGAGCUACGCUCGGAGGAGGCAAAGAGGGAUAUGUAUAUUGAGUGGGACAGGUACGGUGACCAACGUGAGCAUCAGGCAACCGGCUGCGGCUGGUGCUGUUGUUACCCUUAAUGGAAGUUUCGAGAUUUUAUCGCUUUCGGGUUCGUUUUUGCCGCCGCCGGCUCCUCCGGGAGCCACCAGUUUGACGAUCUUUCUGGCCGGCGGACAAGGGCAGGUUGUUGGGGGAAGCGUGGUUGGGGAACUGAUGGCGGCUGGACCGGUUAUGCUCAUAGCAUCAUCGUUUACGAAUGUGACCUAUGAGAGACUACCUUUGGAAGAGGAUGAUAUGAAAGACGGCGGUGACGUAGAUGACGGUGGGAAUAACAUGUUUUCCGGGGCCGGAGCCGGUCCGGGUGGGUUGCCUUUCUUCAAUAUGCCUCCUAAUGCCCAUUUACCCAUUGAAGCAUGGCAAGGAAACUAG